UUCGUGCACUGUACUAUGCAAAAAUGGCAAAAAUGCAUCAGCGCCUUACGGCAGCGUUUCCUAUGUGUUAAUGUGUGUGUGUAUGUACUGAAUCGCGACUCCCCACCACUCCUCGAUUACCUAAGGACGUCGGCAUUUCGAGCUAUCGAAAUCUGUAGUCGAUUGAAAAGCGAUGAGCCUCUGUAAGUGCAGAAGAAUGAAAGGGCCUUUUAAAUUCCGAAAAUAGAUGUAAUCCCGAUUAAAAUAUAACAAAAGAUUGUCGCCAUUCCGGAGUGGGUGACAUGCUGGGCUGCUGUUGGUGUUGCUCGGCCCUACGCCCAAGGUACAAAAGACUCGUGGAUAACAUUUUCCCAGUCAAUCCUCAGGAUGGCUUGGUCAAAAACAAUAUGGAAAAGCUAACAUUUUACUCCUUGAGCAGUCCUGAAAAAUUGGACCGAAUUGGGGAAUACUUGUUUCAGCGUGCUUCCAGAGAUAUUUACCGACGUCGCAAUGGAUUCGUCAUCAUUGCUAUGGAGGCGAUGGACCAACUUCUGGUUGCUUGUCAUGCUCAGACUUUAAACCUGUUUGUGGAAAGUUUUUUGAAGAUGGUCCAGAAGCUGCUAGAAUCGUCAGAACCUCAACUACAAAUAUUGGCUACACAAUCCUUUGUCAGGUUUGCCAACAUCGAAGAGGAUACGCCGUCUUAUCACACACGUUACGAUUUCUUUGUAUCAAAGUUCUCUGCAAUGUGCCACUCCAAUCACAACGACUUGGCAAUUCGCAAACAAAUACGCCUUGCCGGGAUACAGGGGCUGCAGGGCGUAGUAAGAAAAACACUAUCUGAUGAUUUAGUAGAAAAUAUUUGGGAACCUGUACAUAUGGAUAAAAUUGUUCCUUCACUGCUGUACAAUAUGCAAAAUUCUAGAUAUUUUGAGAAAGAGAAUGCCACCCCAGAAAGUCCAGCUGAAGAGAGAUCAGAUCCGCCACAGUUUGCAGAAAGUUGCAUGCGUGAAUUAGUUGGGCGUGCUUCCUUUGGACAUAUACGCUGCGUAAUUAGACCAGUGUUAAGGCAUUUGGAUUUGCAUCAACUCUGGGUUCCCAACUGUUUCGCAAUCCACACCUUCCGUAUCAUCAUGUUUUCCAUUCAGUCACAAUAUUCCUACACAGUCGUUGAAGCUCUAAUGACUCAUCUUGACGAGAAUUCUAAAUCUACUCCAAAAAUACGAACGAGUAUCGCUGAUACUUUAUCGAAGAUUAUUUCGAUCGCUGCUGGGGAGAGUGUUGGUCCAUCUGUAUUGGAAAUUAUAAAUUCCCUGUUAUCGCACCUUCGUGUAAGUGUAACAAGAAACCUGCCAUCAAGUAAUGACGAACAACUCUACCAAGAAGCACUGAUCAAUGCAUUAGGAGAAUUUGCAAAUCAUCUUCCUGAUUACCAGAAAAUUGAAAUAAUGAUGUUUAUCAUGAGCAAAGUUCCCUACAGCGAACCUGACAGUACAGCUUCAGUGGGAAAGGGAGACGUUUUACUUCAGAGCAUUCUUUUGAAAUCACUACUCAAGGUCGGCACAAAGUACCAAACAAUUCAUUUGAAUACAACAUUUCCAAUAAGUUUCUUGGAACCCCUGCUACGCAUGUCAUUGGCACCAGAUCCUGAAAUGAGAUUGCUGGUGCAAAAAAUUCUGCACACUCUGAUCGACAGGCAUCGCAACAUUGACAAGUUAGCGACACCCACCAUCAACAUAGGAAAUCUGGAACUUGUCAUUGAAAAAUCUUCACGACCUGAUGUAAUCUUCGUUCGGAAGCACGGCCCAGAAAUUUAUCAGGCUUUAUAUGAAUCAUUAGAACUACCAAGCAAUACAGUUGAAAAUAUCGAAGCUGUGUACACAACACUCGCUUUACUUGCUGUCGAACUCGCAACCGAAGAAACCGUUUUGGAAUUACUACGACUUGUACUGAGCCUGCAAGACUUGGCUCUCACUAGUGGACAAAUUAGCAAUUCCCUUAAAUUCAAUCUACAUGCAGUUGUGAUGUCCCUCUUGGUUCUCAUUUCGUACGUGUGCAAUAUAACGUCCCUCAUGGAUUAUGCGAGUAAGUUGGUUGAAGCACGUGAGAAAGAAGCUGUGCAUCUUUUGCCUGAGCUCAAAUCCCGUUACGAUGGUGAAUCUCAACUUUCAACGCGACUGCCACCCUCAGUUAUCAUCGAUCAAGCUGUUGUAAGCGAAUGUCUGAAGGGAGCAGGCUUAGACACUGGAAAGUUACAGCAAGGACCGGGAUACAGCAGUAGCUCUCUUCAGCAUAGACAUUCAUGGGUAGACAGCACUGGCCGAAGCUCAAUGGCUGAUAUAAAUGCUGGUGGAGCGGAGCUCGAUAGCGCUGGUUCAUCUCCUGGUGUGCAAAAGAAAUUGCCUGGCGAAGAAUUAACGUUUGAAAGUAUGAAGAGAAUUCUAACAGAGAGCGGAGAGACUCGUAGAGAAGCUGAAGAAGAAAGGCGUCUGCAACUUUCGCAGCUUUUCAGAACUGCUCCUUUCCAGGAUCUAGUUGUCAAGACACAACCAAAGCAUGACAUGCUGCAAAACAAGUUAUCAGAAAUAUUUAAUACGCUCACAGUUGAGCCAAGAAACCCAAUUCAACCAGGAAUCCCGCCAGCUGAUGCAAAGCCAAGUCAGACACCGGCAUAUGAAGUUCAUUUUCCAGAAUUAUUUGUUUACUGAUUUGAUUAUCGUUCAAAGAUUUAAAAUACUGGGGUUUGUUUUAUUUGUUUUUAAUUAAUUCAACUUUCUCCAUUUCUAAUAAUAUCACAAUUCCUGUACGCUUUAAAAUCGUACAAAGUCAUUUGUUGCACCGUAUCGAUUUAAUUAUUUCAUCAACUUUUCGUUACCUUUAGUUCUAAUUCUUGACUGCAAUCAAUUUUUUUUUAAUGACCAUACAUCCAACUGAUACAAUCCCUAAUUAGUUGAAGUACGGUCGUUUUCAUGUGGCGGCUUUAUAAUUUAUACACAUAUACCUAUUUAAUCCGUACAAUAAUUUCCUCACAAGCGAAUAAAGAUUACAGCACUCCAUUAUCUAUGUUAUUGGAAUAUGUAAUUAAAAUAUUUCAUUAACAACAAUAACAUUAGAUAGCUAUGUAAGCCGAGAAAUGAAAUACAUUAAUUUACCAUUUAGUUACGAUAUUAUAAUUACUUAAGAGAACAAUUAGUUUGAAUUUUGGUUUUGUAAAAAAUUUCGACUUUUUUAAAAGUAUUUUUACAUAAUGUUUCUAAUAUUUCUAAGGAAUUUUUCCAAUCAAUCGAUGAAUUUGAAAAGGGGAAAAGGGGCAAUAAUUUAAAUGAUUAAAAUAAUGUUUAGAGUUUACUGCUAUGUGGCUAGUUGUGUAAUUUUUAGUAUAACUUAAAGGUAUUAAUUCAAAUGGUUUCGAAAACAAUUUUUCCAGACAAAUUUCUUGAAUAUCAAGAUAUUUUCCUAUGGUGAUCAAACUCGAUUAUUUCUAAAAACGAGGUAUUGAAUAUACUAAUUACACUCAAUACGAAUCGUUAGAUAAUAGAUCAAAUACUAAUUAUCAUUAAGAAUUACAGUUCAUUUGGACGCGAUCACAACUGUAGAACACAAAAUACUUGAUGAUACUCUAAAGUUGCGUGUGUAUGUACAUACCUAUUCAAUGACUAAUAACAGUCAAUACUGCAUUGAAUAGAACACAUUAAAUUAAAUACAUUUUCAGUAGUCGCUUACAUACACAAACUUUACACUCAAAUGUAGUUUGAAAUAACCACAACUUGAGCAAUAUAGGAGCUGUAGAAUACUAUAACGUAAAAGAGAUGCAUAUUGGAACUUAUGCCACAUCAUCAACAUAAAAAGCAGUUAUAAAACAUUAGUUCU